AUGGUUGGUUCUCACUACAGUUAUGCCUCUUGUGAUAACAUCAAGGAGACCUUAGAUGCCAUGUUUCCUGGUAAAAUCCCCAACAACUUUACAAUGAGCUCAUCAAAGGUAUCAUACUUGAUCUCUGAAGUGACUGGGCCUUACUUCAAGAAAAUUGUAACUGAUGAUGUGAAGAAGAACUCAGGGUCACCGUUUACCCUACAGUAUGAUGAGACGACAAAUGCCCUAGUAAAUAAGCAGCUAGAUAUCAAAAUUCGCUACUGGUCGUCAGCUCAAUCAAAAAUCGUCGUUCAACAUUUACAGACAUACUUGAUGGGUCAUGCAACAGGUCUUCACCUUGCUGAGAAGAUAAUUUCUACAUUUCAUGAUAGUGGAAUAGCCUUAGAACAGCUUCAAAUGCUUGAAAGUGAUGGACCAAAUGUGAACACAACAGUUUGGAACAUUGUAAAUGAUGCCUUCCUGAAUUUUCCCAGCAGGAACUAUGGUCUUACUGAUAUUGACACCUGCGAUCGUCACAUUUGCCACAAUGCAUUCACCAAAGGUUUGGAGGUGUUUGGUAGUAGCAUUUCAGAAUUUGUCAUCGACUUGCACUUGUGGUUUAAAAUGUCUGCUGCCAGGCGAGAAGAUUAUGAAGUAAUGCAAGAAGAGAUGGGUCUUGCUAAGCACAAGUUCCUCAAACAUGUAGAAUGCAGAUGGCUUUCCCUUCAACCAGCAGUGCUGAGAAUUUUGGAGCAGCUGGAAGGGUUAAAGAGGUACUUCCUUACAGUCUUACCUGAGAAGCAAUCGUCUGUCACUAGCAAUCAACGGUACAUCAGAAUCACACGUCAGCUUCAAUCACAUGACCUGGUGGCGCAAAUGCACUUUUUAAUCUCUGUUGCUGGCAUUUUUAACUCCUUUCUGAGGUUUUUCCAGAGUGAAGAGCCGCUCAUUCACUUACUUUAUGACCAACUUACCACUCUCCUGAAAAAGCUGAUGGGAAGGUUACUCAGGAAAGAACUUUUGGCAAACAAGCCUGCCAAAGAAUUCUCAAAAAUCAACUUGAAGUCUUUGAAAACCAUUUGGCAUACAAAGAAUUGGGAAUUGGUCAAAAAAUCCGCAGAGAAAUUGGAAAGUUUUCAGAAGAAAAACAGAGGCAGUUUGUCCUGGAAUCCAAAUCUUUCGUCAUAG